AUGAAAGGAAAAACCCUGGAAAUCCUUUAUUUUUUGGCCAAGCACUACAUUACGUGCUUUAUGAGCACUUACUCAUGCAGUCCUCAUGACAAUCCUGUGAGGAUUAAUCUUGCAAGGGAAAGGGAACUUCUUAAAGCAGCAAAGCAGAGACGAGGGAGGGAAGGUGGAAACUUGGCUGGCCCUACGAUCUCUUCGAGGUUGUACUUGCUGUUCCGUCGGACUUCCACCUUUGCUCUCACCAUCGUCGUGGGUGCCCUAUUCUUCAAGCGCGCCUUCGAUCAAGGCGCGGACGCGAUCUACGAGCACAUCAACCAGGGGAAGCUGUGGAAACACAUCAAGCACAAGUAUGAGAACAAGGAGUAGUUUCCGGGAGGCCCCUCAGGGCCGGAAGGACCAGGGCUGCCCUCCGCCGACUCUGGCCCCGAACCGAGGCCUCUGCUUGAAGAUGGAGCACAAGUGAAAUCUUCCUGGACCACCCUUAGCUGUUGGCAAGAAAUGAUGUUAGCUCCCUAACAGACUCUUUAAUUUCUGCCACGUGUGGCGUUUAUUUAGUCAAAGUCAUCAGCAAAUAAAUGUGAAUUGUCCUUGA